GUUACUCAUAUCAUCAAAUACUCUUCUGAUUCUUGUGAUCAUCAGCUUUUUCCAUUGAAGAUGGUCUAUCGAUGCGUAAAAUGUAAUAACUUCUAUCACAUCGAAAACGACUUUGUUUACGAAAUCAAAUGUGGAAAAUGCAAAUUGCAAACCUGUGGAAAGUGCUUAAGACGUCCUCAUUACCCGGCAUUGUGUCAUGAGUUUGAGAGAUGGGCUUUUCAACAUCAAGAAAGAAACGCUUUUAUAAGACAGCGUUUUAUACAAUAUGGUCCUCACUGCAAUCUGCUGAAUUUGGCACUUGAUUUCUUGAACAAUGCGCAAACUGCUUAUGAACAAUUGUCUCCAGAGUCUUAUCAGCGUUUCCACAAACACCUCAUUGUUCCUCUUAAUCAGAUGCGGGAAAUUGUUGAUUUUGACCGUUGGUUUCGUCUCCAUGCUGCCUUCAACCCCGUUAUAGAGGUUGCUCUUGUUAACGAGUAUAAUGUUCUCCAAACGCUAAUGCGUGCUUUCUUUUACACACUUCCUCCACCCAGAUUGGCUGCUAAUGUUUGGAAGCUAAGGAUAGGAACAAUCGAUCAGAUUUGUAUCGAUCUUGGUGUGGCGGUUUCCAACCUGAUCUCUGGAAUUCCAAACGCCCGUAAUAUCGCCGAGGUGGAAGAUGCAAAGAAAGCCGUACAGCAUUGGCAUUCAAAGAUGAAUCAGAAUGUUCCAGAUAUGGCAACUAAUAUCGAGUCAGCAGCAGUAUUCAUAGCCGAAAACGGAGUUGAGUUUGAGAAGGAGAUCAUGGACUCGUUUCCAGGAUUCAGCUUUUUGAUGAGCUCAGAUCCUAAUCACGGAAUUUACCAGAAGAAGCUUAUGGAGUACAGAAAUGGAGCUCACAAGGAUGAUUCUGAUAUAAGUAGCACUACCGAAAUCAUUCAGCCACCUCCAGGUAGUAUCAAAACUCUUAUUGAGAGAACGGCGCUUUUCAUUGCCAAAGGUUUGAAGGCUGAGGAAAUGAUGAUGGAAUGUAAUGUAGACAAUCCAAAUUACAACUUUAUGAGAAGAUCAGAUCCUUUUCACGCAUUUUACAAGCAGAAGCUUAACGAAUACCGUUCUCAAGUGGGUGAUGAUGAUGCUACUGAUUCAGAAGUUGAUGAUGCUGCAGAACAACCCCGUACUCAGCCUCAAUUCAUAGAUCUGCCUGAUUUUCUACUGUUUUUUAAUCCUCCAGGGAUGUCUCUCAAGGAGUUUGAUACUAUUAAGCUCACAGCACACUUUGUCUCGUGGUAUGGGGCUGCUUUUUGGUUGGGUUUGGCAAAAAGAAAGAUACCUGAGCUUGAGUUUAUGGAUUCAACUGAUAGCAGGUUCAAAUGUUUCAGUGAGUUUGUUGUUGCGUAUUCAAAAGUGUUAACGCCCCCCGCUGGUUUGAAACAAGAGCUGAGAAAUAGUGCUGCUUAUACUGCCACCAUUAUUGAUGCUUUUCUCCAACGUCUUAAAUGGGAUCCUGUCCAGCACUAUGAAUGGCUUCAGGGAGGAGUGAAGGCUAUGCUUGAUUGGCAUGCUUCUGUGACCAAAGAUUUUACUAACAAGGACCAGAAUCCACAGAUGUUGCAGUCUCCUCCAUCACUAGAGCAACCAGAUCCAAAGAGACAAAAGUUAGACGAGUCAGCCCUUGUUCCAGAAGACCAGUUUCUUGCUCAACAUCCGGGCUCGUCUACAAUCAAGGUUUCCGUUCAAGAUGCUGCUGGUGGUGGGCAAGUUAUUGAGAUCAUAGUGCAGUCUUUAUCGGAAAGCGUGGCAAGUUUGAAGGAGAAAAUAGCUGGGAAGAUUCAAAUUCCAGCAAACACACAAAACUUAAGUGGAAAAGCCGGAGUUUUAAAGGACAACAACAGGUCUCUUGCACAUUACAAUGUUGGAGCAGGAGAUAUCCUAACACUGUCUUUGUGAGUGGAUCCGCAGGGAUAUAAAAUGCUUCUCAAUCUUCGUACUCUCUCUGAUCUCUUUAGUGACUUUAAUUAGUUUGUGUUGGAAUACUCGUGGGUCAUUGUUAAAUUCUUUUUAAUAAGUAGUGCACAGUUUGGUUUCUCUUCCAAGGUUUUUAAUAGUUUUAACAACUGAUUGAAUUGAUAAACAGAUUUUACUUGU